UUCCUUACUUUGCUGAACUCUUAAGUGAAGCACACCCUCCGCAUGAGCCGUGACAGAGUGAACGCUGCCCGCGUGGAUUAGAAACUGUCCAGAAACACAGGUUUCUCACUGGGAAUAUGUGACUGUCGAACGUGUGGAAUAUGGCUCAGCACACGACGGUAAAAUCUCAGCUGCGGAGAUCUUUCAGCGAGCAUGUCAAAGACUCCACCAACAAGGCUUGGGAUGUCUUCUGGAGGGGUGUGAGGGAGAGGCGGCUGUGGGAGAUUGAAGCCAAGGAGGCCUGUGAUUGGCUGCGAGCGGCCGGCUUCCCUCAGUAUGCGCAGUUAUUCAAAGACUGCAGAUUCCCCAUUGACAUCGAGUGGGUGAAGCGCGAUCACCACUUCCUGGAUAAGGAUGCACUCGAGUCGCUCUGCAGGAGGUUAAUCACUUUAAACAAAUGCGUGGGAAUGAGGCUGGAGCUGCGGAGAUCAAAACGCAGGGGAGAUGACAGUGGUGAGGAAGACUUCUGCGCAAUCAGCCCCAACUGGACAUACGACAAGCGAACCCGACAAUGGCGACGCCUGGACUCCGCCGUGGAUAUCCUCCAACUGUCCCCCAACUCGCCUGAUGUGUCGACAUGCGAUGACCACCAUGAUAUCUGCUCCAUCCACAGCUCCAGCAGCACUGAGAGCGAAGGCCACGAAGAACACCAAAAGAGACUGCGAGAGCCGACUGAUGGCUCCAACGUCACCACCGCAAGCACCCCAGACGACCUGGAGAACAGCAGGAGCUCGUCCCGCUGCUCGUCCUCGAACAAGACCCCGUCCCUGGAUACUUCUCUCAGCGGACCCCCCUCCCCCGGCGGAGGAUCCUCCAAUAUGAGUCUCGAAGCCGAGAGCUGCUACCCCGAGAAACCACCCAGGAGGAAGUGCACCACAUUGCUGAGGAAGAUGGAGAAACUGAGGCUCAAGGGGGUUUCAGGUGAAAGCAGCAGCAGGGGUCGGGCCCGGCGUGUUAUAAGCAGGCCUCUUCUCGUCCAAGACGAAGAGAGGAUGGAGGGGCUCCGCUGCACGUCAAGUCUGCAGGAUCAGCCCAGCAGUCAUGCUUCUUCGUCGCCCUCGUCUCCUCACACCAUCAGCAGCAGCAGCAGCAGUAACAGCCACUCAGAGAGCAGCAGCACCGUCAGCACGCCCAGCCCGGUAACUCGGGUGAGGAGCAACUGCAAACGAUCCAGCAACAACGUCGUGGUUGGCGGUGGGACGAACCACACAGGACCAGAGGUGAGCCGAGUGCUGGCAGGCGAGGACGUUUUCUCAGCUCUGGACAGCGUUUUGGAGAAAAUCAGUGAUCUCCAGCAACUGGUGUCCUCCUGGUCCGAAAACCUGUCUGAAGAUGAAAGUCAAAGAACCUCCUCCUCUUCCUGCUCUCAGGACUCACCUGCUCACGGCUCCUCUGCUGCCUCCCCCUGCCCCUCCUCGCCCAGCCACAUCAACCUGGAGGUGCAGCUUUCAGAGGAGGAGGAGGAGGCUGAGAACUGUGAGAAGGUUACCUUGGAGUCGAACGCCGUAUUACGACGGAGAAAGAGCAGCAGGGUGAGCCAACAGCUCCUCUGGUCCAGCGAGCAGAGCCUGCCCUCCCUGCCCUCCAGUCCAGGCGUGGAGAACCAGUCCGCCUCCCAGUUCCUCCUGCUCCAGAAGCUGUCACUUCUCAAACUCACCGCUCUGAUGGACAAGUACUCCCCGUCCAGCAAGCAGGGCUGGAACUGCUUCGACGUGGCCGACAUGGUGAAGCAGUUCUUCAGAGACCUGCCCGAGCCCAUUUUCACCAGCAAACUCUGCGAGUCCUUCCUACACAUUUACCAAUAUUUUCCAAAGGAUCAGCAGCUGCUCGCAGCUCAGGCGGCCAUUUUGCUGCUUCCGGAUGAGAACAGGGAGGCGUUGCGGACGCUGCUCUACUUCCUCAGUGAUGUUGUGGCUUGCGUGGACGAGAACCAGAUGACUCCCACAAACCUCGCCGUCUGCCUGGCGCCGUCUCUGUUCCACCUCAACACCCUGAAGAGGGACGCUAACGCAGCUAGGUGAGCCGAGGCCAAGAAAACGGUCUUAAAGUGUGUUUCUGGGGCAUCAGCAGGCAUCGGUUACCUCAUCGCGUCUUCUAAGCGUCUUUUAAAAAUCGACAUCAGACGUUUCUCUAACUGUGAGGAGUCACACAAUCUCAAUAUGGAAAGAGACGGAGGGCGUGAGGCGUCUGACCCACAUUGUCAGAGUUAUAUGGACGAUGGCUGCCCGCUGUGGAUGUGGCGAGGCUCUGUGGAGGUGGACGCCGCACAGGGGGAGCUGCUCCACCGGCUGCUGAGGGAGCAGCAGCUGUGGGAGGAAGGCCUUCAUCAGGCCGCCGUCAUCCAGACCUUGUCCAAGGACGCAGACGUCUACCGCUACCUCCUUCAGGGCCGAGGCCACGGCCUGGGCUCGCAGCCCCUACAGGAGCACCUGCUAAUCAGAGCCGCCUGUGAAACCGAAACUGUUAUCCAGAGCGACGUAGAGCGCAUACGGAAGCGAAAUCAGCUUCAUUUCCAGGCAAACAUCGGCCCGCUCGCGCUCCCGUUACGCAAGAGUGAUCACUUUUCCUAUCCCACCUUUUUCCCGCUGACACACCUCCUCUGUGUUUUAUCUUCCAGGGGUCGGUCGCAGGAGUGGCACAGCAAGGUGAGCGGACUCCGCCUGGCCUCCGGUCUGCUGGCCAUCAAAGACUCCUUCAGAGCCGAGUACAAAGAAACAAAGAUAUGAGCCCAUGCAGAGAAAGUCAGGCUCAUCUGGAGCGCUCGUCCUCGUCCUCCUCCUCCUACUCUUCUUCACGUCUGGUUGAACUGCAAACCAAGCAGAAUGCAGGACGAAACGGGGCGGACCGCACCGGCGCUGUCCUGCGUCUUUCUGGAAGUUUUAAAACUCUGCUGUUGGAGUUUUCUCUAUAUGUUUGCUUUUUACUGUGGGUGACCUUGCGGAUUGCCAGCAGCACCUCUGCACUCCCUGCUGUGCCUGUUACGCUUCACACUCAAGUUCACACACAGACACACAAAAAUGCAAAGCGUGGCGAGCUUUGACAAAGGACGUUUUGAUGGGAGGGUGAAAAAGCUGAGGCUGGUUUGACUUUGAGGAAAAAAAAGGAGCAAGUGUGACUUCUGGAAUAAUGGCAUCACCGGCAGGAAGAGAAGGAGGCAGGGGAAGCUGCCGGGACAAAGUCAGGAAGCGAGGACAGGAAGCAGACUUUCAGCCACCAGAGAGCGGCCGCUGCAUCAAACCUGUGACCGAGAACAAAGAAAAGGAGACGUGCGGCCGUCCUGAACGCCUUAAAAGGACAUCGAAAGCUGUGAAGUCGGCUCGACGGUUCUAGAGACGGUCCGGCUAAACCAAUCGGGAAAAAUCUGAGGAGAGACGAGCAAAUUGUCUUUCUCGAGCUUGGCGGUGACUGCAGGGCGGUGAUGCCUGUGAUAAAGUGGACUUUCUAAUGCCGACACACUUUUUGCCAUCACCGGAACUUCUGAAUUCGCUCCUGUGACGGUUCGCAGACGAGCGAUAUCUACCUCUACACGGGACGACGCCGCGGUGGUGAAAACUCGGAGGCCGAACUCCAGGAUUUUUUUUGAACUUUGUAUUUAUUCUUGUACAGAUGUUCGAGUGUUGCUUUUAAAGCCUGCUUGACCUGAAUACUGCAUGAAAAAGUCAUAAAUUCUAUAUCAGAUUAUUUAACUUUAAAGUACAUCUGAAUACAAAUGUUCUAUCCAGAUAUGUUAUUUAAUUCCCGGCUUUGUGUGUGAAACCUAUCCGUGCCAAACACCUAAUUAAAAUGUUUAUUUCUCCUCAA